AUGGGCGAGGCUGCAACACAAAUCAGCCCAGACAUAAAAGAGGACGAUAUAGUGAUAAGCGGCCUCUCUGGGCGUUUUCCGCAAGCUGAUGACGUCGUUCAGUUCCAGGAAAAACUCUAUGCGAGUGUCGACUUUGUAAAAAACGAUGAAGCUCGUUGGCCUCGAGGGUUUCUGGGAUUACCGGAAAGAAUGGGCACCAUCCGUGAUUUGUCCCGCUUUGACGCUCAACUGUUCGGUGUCAAUCCGAAGCUGGCGCACCUGAUGGACCCCCAAAUACGUCUCCUAUUGGAAUCCUCGUACGAGGCGAUUGUGGACGCGGGCUAUGAUCCGGCAACACUGCGGAGUCGCAACGUGGGCGUUUUCAUCGGCUGCUCAGGGGCUGAAUCCAAUGAAGCAUCCAGCGUCAACACAGACAAGAUAGACGGCUACGGAUUGGCGGGCACCAACAGGACCAUGUUCUCCAACCGCAUAUCUCACGCGUUUGAUUUCACUGGCCCGAGCGUCACCGUGGACACAGCAUGUUCAUCAACGCUAUCUGCACUUAAUCACGCAGUGUUGGCAAUGCGUUCUGGACAGUGUGAAGCAGCCAUCGUAGGCGGCUCUAUGCUAGCCCUAAAGCCUGCCACAGCGCUAGGCUUCAUGCGCCUCGGCAUGCUGUCACCAGAUGGAAAGUGCAAGGCAUUCGACGCGGAAGCUGAUGGCUACGCGCGGAGCGAAACUGUGGGCGCCUUCUUCCUUCAACGAGCCCGUGCGGCUCGUCGAAUCUACUGCAAGGUUGUCCACACCAAAAUCAAUGCCGAUGGCUACAAAAGUGAAGGAAUAUCUUUUCCAUCAGCAAUACUCCAGGAAAAACUCCUUCGUGAAGUCUACGCUGAAAGCAACGUGGACCCAAGGCAUGUGCACUACAUUGAGGCUCAUGGCACAGGAACGAAAGCGGGCGACCCGACAGAGUUAGCAGCCUUGAGCAAAGUAUUCUGCGGGCCGAAACGAAGUAAAGCCCUGAAGAUAGGAUCUGUGAAGAGUAAUCUUGGUCAUAACGAAGCAGCGUCAGGUGUUUCGUCACUGGCCAAAGUCAUUUUGGCUAUGGAGACUGGAAUCAUCGCUGGUGACCUGCAUUUUAACCAGCCCAACCCCAAUAUUCCAUCAUUGCACGAUGGUAGUAUUGAAAUUGUGGAUAAGAACACACCUCUGCCUGAUGGCCCGAUUGGAGUAAAUUCCUUUGGUUUCGGAGGUACGAAUGCGCACGCAAUUCUGGAACCAAUACCAGGGCCUUACGCGAAUGCCACUGCACGCGGUAAGGUGGAGCUGCCGAGACUUGUUCUUCUGGCUGGAAGAACGAAAGAGUCGCUUGAGCGCACUACCGAGCGCAUUGAAGAAGAGGGGCCCUACCCAGAUUCUGCGUACGCUCUUCUCAACAUCGUCGGCCAGCCAAGUGUAACGCAAUUCCCCUACCGAGGCUACAUGUUGGUUCCCGUAGACGACGGGAACGGGAAACAAGUGUCUAAAGCUACUACGAAACCACUGUCGACAAAGCGGUCACUGUGGUUUGUUUUUACUGGAGUUGGCUGUCAAUGGAAAGGCAUGGCUCAGCAAAUGAUGCAAUUUGACGUGUUUGCACGCUCCAUCCAAAGGUCACACGAGGUCCUUAAGGAAGUCGGCGUGGACCUCAUGGAGCUGGUAACUUACAAGGAAGAUGAUGGAGCCGUAGGUCCCUUGUACGGCUGCAUUGCAGCUGUUGAGGUCGCACUAGUGGAUGUACUCUUCGCGUUGGGCAUCAGACCAGACGGCAUGGUUGGUCACUCUCUGGGCGAGAUCGGCUGCGCCUACGCUGACGGAUGCCUGACAGCCGAACAGACCGUGCUCUCCGCCUACUGGCGAGGGCGUUGCGUCGACACGGGUAACCUGCCUCCAGGAGCAAUGGCCGCCGUUGGUCUGACGUGGGAAGAGGCCACAAAACGGUGUCCAGACGGCGUGCAGCCCGCUUGUCACAAUGCAGAGAAUUCUGUCACGGUGUCCGGAGCAGCCGAUGCGGUAGCCAAGUGGGUCGAAGAGCUGAAAGCUGAAGGCGUCUUCGUGCGUGAGGUGAACAGCGCAGGUGUCGCCUUUCACAGCAAAUACAUGGAGAGCAUCAGACCAGCCUUCGUUCAGGCCAUGCAAAAGAUUGUUCCAGAACCGAAGACGCGCAGCAAACGUUGGUUGAGCACUUCGCUACCACCGCACCGCUGGCAAGAGGCCCUUGCGGAAAAGUUCACGCCAGAGUAUCACCUGAACAACCUCGUAUCGCCUGUGUUUUUCUUCGAAGCUCUGCAACACGUUCCCAAGGACGCUAUCUUGAUUGAGGUUGCACCGCAUUGCCUUCUACAGUCGGUGAUGAGGCGCUCCGUUGGCGCUGAAGCGACUUGCCUUGGAUUGAUGAAGCGCGAUGUGGACAAUGUGAGCUUCUUCCUCAACACUUUGGGCCAGUUGCAUACUCUGGGCGUGAAGUUUGACCCAUCUCCGCUGUAUCCGCCUGUGCCCCUGCCUGUACCACGUGGCACUCCCAACAUCGGGCACCUCGUCAGCUGGGACCACUCCCAGCAGUGGACGGUCGCCAAAUGGAAUGAUUUCCCGAUGUUGGCCCAGCUCUCCGAGGAAGAGGUCGAGGUUGACCUCGAGGACCUCGAGCGAGAUGCAUACUUGGCUGGACAUCAACUUCAAGGGCGCAUUGUUUUUCCGGCGGCCGGCUACAUCUUGAUGGUCUGGAAGUCCUUGGCAAAGCGCCUUGGCAAGCCAUUCGACGAACUUCCAGUAGUACUAGAGCAUUUAACAUUUCAACGUGUCGUGAUCCUGCCUAAGACGGGUACCGUGCGGUACCUGGUCAACAUUAUGCGAGCAUCGGGGGAGUUCGAGAUAUCCGAGGGAGGCGUGGUGGUCGCGAGUGGUACUAUUCGUCCAGCUGAACAGAACGAGAGGAUCAUUGACGCGGUGUCACUGACUUCGCCGACCGACACGCUGACGUACGAGCUCGAUGCCGAAGACGUCUACAAGGAGCUCCGGCUACGCGGCUACGAGUACCAUGGCCUUUUCAUGGGCAUACUAAAGGCUGGCAUACAGAAACCCUACGCCAAGAUCAAGUGGGAUGGCAAUUGGGUGUCGUUCAUUGAUGCCAUGCUACAGGUAACCCUCCUCUACAGCUCAAAGCGAGUCUUCAAGCUACCGGCGAAGAUUCAGUCGUGUUGCAUAGACCCGAUUGUCCAUGGCAAUGUUGCGGAGAAAGCUCAAGAAAGCGGCAUAGACGCUCUGUACGAUGACCACUUCAACAUGAUUCAAGCUGGAGGCGUAGCCGUGAAAGGCCUAGGAACAAGCACGCCAACAAAGCGCGUCAUACACCCUCCACCCAUUGUACACGAGUACCAGUUUGUGCCCUACAUAGACAGCGAGCGCACUAAGCACGAGCGACAAGCUGCAAUUCAAGAAUACAUCGACGUAUGCAGUGAAAUGGCUGGACGUGUGCUGAGGAAGCUCAACAAAAAUGAAUUUAGUCUAUGCAAAUUUCCGCAGCAGAACAUUCAAGCACAGGAAGAAAAAUUGCAAAUGUUCCUCGAUAAUAAUCUCGAAAACCAUGGUCUUCUCAAGGUCCUUGCCGUAGUGGAAGAACAGACAGAAAAAUCACCUUUCUUAUCGGAUGGUUUCAUGGAAUCGCUAAUAAACACGCACAAAAAGAAACUUGAAAGCGAUAUGACUAUGACGGCACUGCUUGAGGAAGACCCUUUGAGGCACCUCCUUGAUGUUGUCGUGGAAAACACUAGCCUAAAGUCCCUACAGGUCCUUGAAAUAGCAGCGCCAGGAACCCACUGCAUUCUGGCACCGCGAGUUUGUUCACUAUCAACCGUGAGCAAUAUGCUUCUCAAGAUCAGCUACACCAUUGCUCAGCAUCCUAUGGACAACCUCCUGCCAGAGAAUGUCCCAAAAAAUGCAAAAAUUGUGAAGUGGGAUCCUACGUCCGACGCCAACGAACAACUCACUGAAGCUCAUUUGGUCGUGGCCUGCUUCAGCCCUUGGAGCUCAUACAGCCCCGAUAUUCUGGCUAACAAGCUGUCAAAGCUGUGCAGGGAACAAGGCUUCGCGCUCAUAUUCCAUCGUACUGACGUGACUCCGGCUGAAAGACUCAUAUCAACAGUCGGAAAGCAUGAAUUUGCAUUUUAUACCAGUGAGGGAGUGGAAAGAUUGCUGCGGGCUCAUGGCUUCCAACUGGUGGGCCAGAAGUCAAACAAUGUUUCUGCACUCCUCCUCCUUAGAAAAACGGCCUUGACUGUUGAAGCAGCUAAACCGAUACUUCUCGCGGUGAACAAUGCUGAAUAUGGCUGGGUCGACGUACUCACAGCGAAAGCUUUAGAAGUAGAACAAGAGCCCCUUGGCCAUAAUCUCUGGCUCAUCGCCGAAGACUCCGGCACCAGUGGUGUGGUUGGCUUGACAAACUGCCUUCGGUUGGAGACUGGUGGAAAGCAUAUUAGGUGCCUGUUCGACGCGAGCUUGAAUGAGUCGGAAAAAAUUGACUUCAGCCCAAGCAACCCAAUUUACAAUGACAUCAUCACAAAAGACCUUGUAAUGAACAUCUACCGCGACGGCCAGUGGGGAUCCUUCAGACAUACGAGCCCUCUAAAAAGUGGCAUUCCGAAAAUUCCAACGGAGUUUGCAUGCCUCAACAUAGAGACGACCGGCGACUUGUCAAGCCUGCAGUGGUAUGUGUCACCCCUGAGCUAUGUCGUUCCCUCCACUUCAACUACAAAAGCCAUCUGUACAGUUUGCUACGCUCCGCUCAACUUCCGUGACGUCAUGCUCACCACUGGGAAGCUUUCGUCUGAUGCUCUGCCCGGUCAUUUAGCAACAUCUGAAUUUCUCCUCGGCACGGAAUUUUCUGGCCUCGACCGCCAUGGGCGAAGGGUUAUGGGUGUUGUGCCAGUGCAGGGUUUGGCGACAGCCGUGGCUGUCGACCCAACUUUCUUGUGGGAAGUUCCCGAAACGUGGAGCCUUCAGCAAGCAGCCACGGUACCAAUGGUGUAUGCCACAGCCUACUACGCUCUUCUUGUGCAUGGACACAUGCGUCCUGGAGAAUCGGUGCUCAUUCAUUCCGGAAGUGGAGGAGUCGGACAGGCGGCCAUUUCCAUCGCACUUUCCAUGGGAUGCACCGUCUUCACCACCGUCGGUUCCGAAAAUAAGCGGGAAUUCCUCCUUCGCCGCUACCCGCAUCUGAAAAAAAGAAACAUCGCCGAUUCACGGAAUCUCUCCUUCGAAAAACACGUCCUUCAAGAAACAAAAGGCAAAGGCGUGGACCUCGUGCUCAACUCUCUGGCUGAAGACAAGCUGCAGGCCAGUGUUCGCUGCCUCGCAACCCAUGGCCGCUUCCUUGAGAUAGGAAAAGUCGACUUGUCUAAUGACUCCCCACUAGGAAUGUCUGUGUUCCUGAAAGGCGUCACAUUCCAGGGAGUGCUGUUCGAGCUUCUUCACGGCGAUGACGCCAUUGCAGUCGAACAAAGGCUUCGCGUUGCGGAGUACAUUCGUGCCGGCAUUGAGUCCGGUGCCGUUCGACCACUUGACUACACCAUGUUCCGACGCGAUCAAGCCGAGGAUGCCUUCCGGUAUAUGGCCUCUGGAAAGCACAUAGGGAAAAUAGUGCUCGAGAUCCAGCCGGAAGAUCCCCUGCGGGAACGCGGAACGCUCGCACCAACAAUCGUCGAGGCGACAGCGCGCACGUGGUUCUACGAGCAAAAGUCAUAUGUUAUCACCGGUGGUCUGGGCGGUUUCGGCCUAGAGCUGGCCGAGUGGAUGGUGAACCGCGGAUGUCGCAAACUCCUCCUCACCACUCGCUCAGGUGUACGCACUGGCUACCAGCGCCUUUGUCUUCAUCGGUUCCAGAAGGCAGGAGCCAACGUCAUUGUGAGGAAGAUAGACGCCUCUGAGGAGGACGGUGCUCGAAAGGUUAUUGAAGAAGCUACUGCCAUGGGACCCGUAGGAGGCAUAUUCAUCCUAGCAGUUCUGCUACGCGACGGGCUUCUUGAAAACCAGACAGCGGAGGCCUUUGAGACCGUCUUCAAGAUAAAGAUUCAUGGCACCCGACAUUUGGAUAAACUCUCCCGUGAGAUGUGUCCAGAGCUCGACCAUUUCGUCGCUUUCUCGUCCCUGUCAGCGGGUAUGGGCAACGUGGGGCAGACUAAUUACGGCUACGCCAACUCAGCGAUGGAACGCAUCUGUGAGCUUCGAGCUGCGCAGGGACUACCCGGAAUGGCCAUACAAUGGGGCGCCAUUGCGGAUGUCGGUGCAUUCCACAACGUAAUGGGCGAUGAUGCAACCAUCGCCGGCACCACGCCCCAGCGAAUCAGUUCUUGCAUCGCACUCAUGGACCAAUUCUUGAACCAGAGGCAUGCCGUCGUUUCGAGCUGCGUGAAGGCUGAUCUCUCCACUGAGGACAACAGCAGAAAGCGGGGUCUCGUCGAAGUGAUCGCACGAAUCCUAGGCUUGAAGGAUCCCUCAAGAUUGAGCGCAGCGGUUUCUUUGGGCGAGCUGGGCAUGGACUCACUUAUGGCCGUAGAAGUGAGGCAAGCAAUUGAACGACACGUCAGCCUCACGUUGUCCAUGAAGGAGAUCCGGCAGCUAACCAUCGAUGAGCUACGUAUUUUGAGCGAAGGCACCACAGCCAGCGAACGAGCCUAA